GAAGCCACAGGGCCCGCCACCCCUCACCAUGUUCGGCGUCGACGGCCAGGAGGUGGAGCCAUGAAUGAUCUAUCCUAGAUUUGUCACUGCUUGCUAAUCGUUGCUCCAACCGUUGAGUUUGCGCGGUGGAUUUCUUUUCCUAGCAUCAACACAUGUAAAACAGGGGAGAUUUAGAUCCAACACAUCAGCGAAGUGGCGCCCUUGCUGGCACAAUAAUACGUCCAGGUCUCGUAGAACACCUAACACUGGUAAGUACUCCUAAUAUGCAAGUGGUUAUGCUGAUGUUGAUGAAUCGAUUGGUAUUUUGAGACUUGUAUUAUGUCUCCUUUGAGGAGGUUUUAUUUUCACCAGGUACACUACAUUAUUUGAUGAUCGUAUUAUGGUUAUUUGAUCACUGUAUUUUAUUAUUUGAUCGCUGUAUUAUCUGGACAAAUUACGAAUAUGCCUACUACUGUAUCAUAAUUACUUGUUGCCUACUCUAUCGACCUUUGCAAAGAUUGCUACUGUUUUGUUGUCUAAACCACUUGCUGUCAAUAUUUCUUAAAGUGUUGUGUAUCUAAUCGUCCUCUAAUAAGCACAUCAGUUAAGUUCAAGUUAACACAAUUACACUCCCAUACAUGCAUACAAUGAUGAUGACCUGUUGUACAUUCUGAUUGCUUGGGUAUUCAUUCUCUGGUGCUCAUAGUCUAAUGGAUGGUAUGAUCACCGCUUAGUAUGUUCUGUUCUGUUUUUGAACUGAAUUAUCUCAACCUUUUAUCUAGGAUUGUGUAGUGGUCUAGGGAUUGCGUAUUAGGAUAUUGAGGACGGGAUUUUCACAAAUUGCUAUAGUCCAAUUAUUUUCUUCCCUUCUACCCUGCUACACGCCAGAUCAUAUGUUAUAAUGGUGUUUGCUGCUGGAGGCACAUCCCGAUUCGUCGAUAGGGCCGAGUGCAUCUGCCUCAUUCACAAGAUAAACGACGCUCCUACCCCCUCCUCUGUUUUCUACCUGCUUGAACAUAUCAGCAAUCUUGCUUGUAUAACUUGUGGAUGGUAGGCCUGGAGCGCUGUCGAAUUCCUUCCUUAGCGCAACUGCUGUUCAGACCGAUUAUGUAUCCAGGUAUGGACUUGAAGUUUAAUGCCACACCUGCUCUAGGAGAGCAGACAACCUUCAAGUGGGUCAUUGAUCAUGGGUGUAAAAUGUUAAGCUGAAUGCAAACCGUCGAGAUGGUCUUGGUCAAGGACCUCCAUGGCACCUACGUUGGUGUGGGUUGUGCCGCCUCAUCGCGACCGUCAUCGAUUGGGCCUUCGAGGUGUUGUACUGUUUCUUAGAAUUUUCCAGCAACUUCGAUGGGAGGAAUUUUGUUUGAGCUUGUGGGCCCAAUUCAUAUCAGUCGCGACCCUAGGACUAUCCCACGGCCUGCGGCGAGCUUGCAGCGCUGCUGUGCCUCGGAUACGCGGACAAGUCACUACUUGGGACUAUUUACACUCCUAAAAGGGAAACACACAGAUGAAGUUGCUAAAUCCAAGCAAUCAACUGUCUCCACAAAAACAAAGAAGUUUAAGGAAAUUCAAUUUCAGAAACUUCAGAGAUUGCCAGAUGGGUGCCAUCCUGAUUUUGAUAAUGAUCAUCUGUGUUCUAUAAAUAAUCAUGACCUGCUUCCUAAAAUGAGUACUCCAAGUGCUGACCUUCGUCUACUUCCUGAGACAGGAGUGGAAAACAUGAGGACACCUAAAAGUCUUCACGCUGAACUUAAGCGUGAGCUGUCAAAGCUAAAUAUGGUGUUAAAGCUACCAGAUAAUGUACUCUUUCUGGCCAACCAGUUCCUUUAAUAUCUUUUAAAUAAUCAUUUAGUUGUGCGGGAGCCACGGAGCAUACUGUAUGCGUUCAACAUAGCCUUGUGUUGGUGUGCUGCUUCUUUUCUGAAAUACACUGAGUUGGAUCAUCGAGGAUCACUUGCCCUUGCUUCAGAUGGAUUGAAUUAUGAAUGCAAUGAGGCUCCAUCAUAGGUAGGCUUAUAGGUUCGUAGUAUCAUUAGGAUGGACAUCUUACUAUAACAAUAUAAGACACAUUUUGUAUAUAACACAUGUGCAUAUAUAAGUUAUCGAGAUAUUAUAUGUCUCCGUUGCAACGCACGAUCACUGACCUAUAAAAGUAUAACACACAUUUGUACAUAGUUUAUCGUGGUUUUAUACGU